AUGAAACCAUUUCAUCGCGCAUCUUCCCUAAUCACAUCCCUACUUGGCAUACAACGAACCUCUGCGCAACAGCCCUCUUCUUCCAGCAACGCCACGAUCAAUCCCCUCCGAGGCGUAGAGCAACUUCCAAUAUCAUCCUACGCCGGCAACAUGACGCGUAUUGCACCCGUGAUCUCCGUCUCCCACGGCGGAGGCCCCAUGCCGCUUCUCGGCGAUCCAUCGCAUGAAGCCAUCACAAAGUCGCUCAAGACGCGGGUGCCCAAGAUCCUCAAGCUGGGCACACCAGAGGCACCCAAAGCAAUCGUACUAGUUACAGCCCAUUGGUCUACAACAAAGGUUACCGUCUCCAGCGGCCCCAAACACGAGUUGCUGUACGACUACUACGGCUUCCCACCCGAAUCCUACCAGGUCAAACACGAUGCACCUGGUAGUCCAGAGGUGGCAGACCAAGUCGUCAAGGCACUCAGUGAAGCGGGUAUCGAAUGCGAAAAAGACCCCAAGCGACCAUGGGACCACGGCGUCUUCGUCCCAAUGAAACUCAUCGACCCCCCGGCCUCAAUCCCCAUAGUCCAAAUCUCAGUCCUCUCCUCCGAGUCAGCCGCACAAUCCUACGCCAUCGGCCGCGCGCUAUCCACGCUCCGCAGCCAAAACAUUGCCAUUGUCGGUUCAGGCUUCCCCACGUUCCACAACUUGCGCUUCUUCCAGCAGAUUAAUAAUCCGUCGCUCCAAGCGCAGAUUGCAGAGUGGAGCAAGCAUGUUACCGAUGCUGCCAUGACGGACGACGAUGCGAAGAGAGAGGACAAGUUUCUGCAUUGGAGAACGUGGCCGCAUUCGUAUAUUGCGCAUCCGAAUACCGGGGCCGAGCACUUUUUGCCCCUGAUUGUUUGUGCAGGCGCUGCGGGUGCAACGCCGGGGAAGAAUUAUGCGGAUGCGCUGCGUGGAAUGGACAUGUAUAAUUAUUACUGGGACGAGGAGUGA